CUCUCGCUUUUGAACCUUUCCUCUUCCAGGCUCGGUCGUCCAAUCCGGGGGUAGACGUGAGGAAGCAAGGCAGGCUUUUGUUUCGCUUUUCCGCCUCGUUGGGAAUCGCCCUCCUCGUUUCUCAUCUGAUUAGGGUUCUUCUCCUUGAUCUCACUUGGCUGCUCAAGUUAAUUUAUUGCUUCGAUCGCCGGAUCCUGGUCCUUUUGGCAUAGCAAGACCUGAAUUUGAUCGCCCCGUCGUGAUUAUUGCAAAAGAGAAGAAAAAAUACAUGGCGACCUGCAGAAAAGAAAUCGGAGCAUCUUUUGGAAGAUUAACUAUGUCAUGCAUCCGAACUACCUAUAGAUCUGCUUGUCGUCAUCCUUUUGUGUUUGGUGCAAUGUUUUUCUUGCUUGCAUUGUACAGAUUUUCUCCUUUUCUGUUUGCUUUCUUGUUUUCAUCUACUCCUGUCAUUGCGUGCACGACUGUUCUUCUUGGACUGCUUCUAAGCUUUGGAGAACCAAAUAUUCCUGAAAUCGAGGAAGAGGAGAAAAACUUUCAUGAAAUGUUUUCUACUGAAAUUCGGAGCCCUACUGAUUAUGUUUAUGUCAAGGAUGAUAAAUUAAUUGUUGAGGGCCUUGUGGAGAAUAGAAAUUACAAUGAGGAAAUUGCCACCACAGAGGCAAUUCUAUGUGGAGAAAAAGCCAAUGCAGAUGAGAGUAUCUAUCCUGCAUCAGAUGGAGAUGAAGAUCUUGAUACUACAACGGAGACAAAAUCAUUAGAUGAGGAAUUAAAGAAAAGGAAUUUUUCUAAGGACAAAGGGAUUCAGGUAGAAGAAAUUCUAGGGCAAGAGGGUUCCAAUGACAAAGAUAAUGGCAUCGAAAAGGUGGCUACAGGUGUAGCUGAGACUGAUGAAAGUACAAGUUAUUUUGGUGUGACAGAUAAACUAGCAAGCAAGAGCCUUAAGUUGGAGAAUGGUGAACCCUCAUCACGGUACCAUUUAGACCCUUCUAUUGGAUUGCCAUGGCUUUCAAUUGAAGAUCAAAAAGCCCCUACAGAUACUGAUUCUGAUAGGUCAGAGAAUUCCUCUCCAGAUGCUUCCGCAGCUGACAUUAUUCUGAUGCUUGAUGAGCUUCACCCUCUUUUAAAUUCUGAACAUGCUCAGCAUGAUUCUAAUUCGAAGCUGGAUGUAGCCUCUGAAGCAUCAUCACUUGACGAAAUUGAUGCCCUCAGUACAGAUGAAGAAGCUCAAAACCAUGGGGAGGAGGAGGAUGAUGAAGCACCGGAGAAUGAUGAUGGGAUUGAAGCUGCCAUCAAAUGGACAGAAGAUGAUCAGAAGAAUGUCCUUGAUAUUGGCUCUUCCGAAUUAGAGAGGAAUCAGAGGUUAGAAAGUUUAAUUGCAAAACGGAAAGCGGGGAAGAAUCAGACACAUGUUAUGGACAGAAAUCUUAUUGACAUGGAUGGUAAUGAAUCUUUUCUCAGCAUGAAUGAAUCACACUAUGGUAUUCAUGUUCCACCAGUAUCAGCACCAAGAGGGAAUCCCUUUGAUAGUCCAUAUGAGUCAGAGGAAAUGAUGGGUUUACCACCAAUUCCAGGCUCUGCUCCAUCAUCCUUGUUACCAAGAAGAAAUCCUUUUGAUCUAUUCUACGACCAGCAAGAACAAGAUAAAAGCCUUACAGGUGAGAUUUGGGGUCAACAAGGUUUUGUCUCUGCCCCACAUCGUGAGGUUACAUUUAGAAGGAAUGAAACCUUUAGUUUGGGAAGAAGGCAGCGUCAACAAGAGACUCGACAUUCAAGACUGAAGCCCUAUUUUGAUGUUGAGAAGUUGGAUCCAGAGGGAGGUUCUAGUUUUCAAAGAGAAUUCAGUGACAUGAGUGAAUCGAGAGUAAGUUUCAUUUCAGAAUCUGAUGCACCCACAAAUCAGGAAGAUAGUAGAAAGCUAGAUGAACAAGAAUUCCAUGAUGAAACAGAAAUAUCAUCUCUUGCCAAACUUGAUCCUGAUAACAUGGAUCAUGCAAUUCAAACCUCGAAAGAAGUGGUUUUAGCUGAUAUUGCAGAAAAGAAAACUGAGCAUGCAUCUAGUGUUCCUGAGUUUGGUGGAGAUGAUAAGCUCAUUGUAGUGAAUGACCUAAUUGCUGGAGCUGGCGAAUAUAAUGUCACAGAAGCUGCAUCACAUUCAUUUGAAGGUGACAAUGGUGAAGGUCUUGACAGCAUUCCUUCAGUGAAUUUUGUUUUGGAAAAUGAAGCUCCUGAAUUAAGUUUAUCUGUGAAGCCAUUUGAGAAAACGACUGAAAGUUUGCACUCAGAUGUUCCACAGAUGAAGCUGAAAAUCAUAACUAGUUCUGAUGAGGAAUCCGAUGAGGUGUAUCCAAUUUCUUUUCAUACUAAUGGUAUGGAUGUGAACCUGCCAAUGAGGUUGGAUGAAAAUGAGUAUUCAAUCACAGAAGAACUUCCAUCUGAUCUUCGUGCAUCAGAGUUGGUAUUUCACAUGAAUGGGCAGUCUAAGGAUGUUAUCUCUGGUUCCUCAAAUUCCCUCAUGCAUGAAUCUGGAAAGUUUCAAGUUUCUGAAAGUAAGUCCACUCUGACUGCUGAGAAGCCAGACAACCAACCAUCUGGAGCUAGUUAUGAUAUACUUGCGGAAGUGAGUUUACAGAAUCCGGAGCAUCUAGCUAAGAAGUAUAUACAAUCAGAUAUGUCCUUUGUUGAAGCUAAAUCAGUUGAAGACAUAGCCUUGGCUUUUAGCCACCUUUCAGAAAGCACAAACGACAAAACCCUAGGACCAGUGGAAACCAUUGACAUUAUUGAGGAACCUUCAUAUCAUGAUGUCAGAGAGGGUACUUUAGAUGGUGUACUAGUUGCCAAGGAUGCACAAUCAGAUAUGUUAUUUGUUGAAGCAAAUUCUGUCGAAGACAUUGCGUUGGCUUUUAACCAGCUUUCAGAAGGCACAAGCAAUAAAGCCCCUGUACCAAUAGAAACCCCUGACAAUAUUCACGAGCCUGUAAACCAUGAGGUUCGACUGGAUAAUUUACAAGGUCAAGAAAAUCGAAUCGCAGAUACUAUACAAUCAGAUAUGUCCGUUGUUGAAGCAACUAUACAAUCAGAUAUGUCCAUUGUUGAAGCAAAAUCCGUGGAAGACAUAGCCUUGGCUUUUAGACAGCAUUCUGAAAGUGCGACCAAUAAAACCCCAGAAGUAGAAACCACAAAGAAUAUUCAGGAACCUAUAAGCCUUGAAGUCGGAGUCGAUAAUUUACAGGGUCCAGAGAAUCUAUUCACAAAUGAAAUGCAAACAGAUAUGUUUGUUAUUGAAGCAAAAUGUGUUGAAGACAAAGCCUUGGCUUUAAGCCAUUAUUCAGAUAGCAUUAGUGAUACGGGCCCAGAACCAGUGGAAACCAGUGAUAUUAUUCAGGAGCCUUUGAAUCAUGAAGCUGGAGAGGAUAAUUUACAUGAUGCAGAGAACCUAGUAGUAAAGAAUAUACAAUCUGAUAUGUUGGUUGUUGAAGCUAAUUCUGUUGAAGAUAUAGCCUUGGCCUUUAGACAGCAUUUAGAAAGCACAAGCAAUAUAACCCCAGAUAAUAUCCAUGAAUCUAUAAACUACGACGUCAGAGUGGAUAAUUUACAGGGUCCUGGGAAUCCAGUUGUAAAUGAAUCGGAUAUGCUCAUUAUUGAAGCAAAAUCUGUUGAAGACAUAGCCUUGGCUUUUAGACAGCAUUCAGAAAGCACAGGCAAUGAUAACCUAGAACCAAUUGAAACAAAAUGUAAUACUCAGGAACCUGUAAAUCAUGAAGUUGGAGAGGUUAAUUUACAGGAUCCAGAGAAUCUAGUUGCAAAUGAGAUGCAAUCGGAUAUGUUCAUUAUUGAAGCAAAAUCUGUUGAGGACAUAGCCUCGGCUUUUAGACAGCAUUCAGAAAGUACAAGCAAUAUGGAAACUGCAGAUAAUUCUCAGGAACCCAUUGACCACGAAGUAGGAGUGGACAAUUUCCAGGUUCUUGAGCAUCUAUACACAAAUGAGAUACAAUCUGAUAUGCUUGUUAUUGAAGCAAAGUCUGUGGAAGACAUAGCUUCUGCUGUUAGACAGCAUUUAGAUGGAUCUGUAGAAGCUAAUGCAACUGAAAGGGAGUUGGAAAAUAAGGUUCUUGAGGUACAGCUAAUGAGGGAGACUGGUUUUGGUUCCAAGAAAGCUACAGCAACGAAAACUAGCUCAAUCAUAGAUGGUGAAAAUACAAGAGCUGAAAUAGCAAUGGGAAGGGAAUCAGAUGAGGUUCUUGAGGUACAGUCGAGGGAUGAAAUUGGCUUUGCUUUAGCUAAGGAAACUAGCUCAAAUGCUGAUGAUAAAAUAUAGGUGCAGAAACGGUAGAGGAUAUUUCUGGGUCAAAUGCUUGUUAGUUUCAGAAAGUAAGGAAAAUUGUGAAUUGCUGUUCUGUCUUCAGUUCAAGUUCCAAGGAUUGUGAAGAAGGUAUCACAUAAGAAGAACAAGGUUAUGAAUAUUGUUUUUGGUUUGUUUCUCAUCUCAGGGUGUGCAAAUUUUCUUCACACAACUGGUUAUAUGAACUUUCAGGUAGAAACUCAGGCAUUCUCAUCAAGACGUUUCUCCAGUCCUUGAGAUUUUGGUGCAGUUUCUUAUUUGGUAGUGCAUUGUCUUAUUCUUCUGGUAACCUUUUUUGUGUGUAAAUUUUUGUUUUUGCAAUGUAAUUUUUCUCUUCCCAAAUAGGUUUGUAUUUUAACAGUUUGUUACCUGAUAACAAUCUUAUUCGCGUCUGUUUUUUGACCUUUUUCCAAGUCCGGCUAUCUGCUGGGCUAGGCAGUGUAUGUAUUGUUUAAAAUGAAUUACAAGUUUUCCAACCAUCCAUUUCAUGACCAUGGAUGUGAUUUUAUACAGUAUAAGUGGCUUCCA